AUGCCCACAGUACAACAGGGAUACCAGACAACCCAGACCAGGCAGCGACCUCCACGCCUAUGGAUAGCCUCAUUCAACGGAACAUGGGCAGGUGGCAUACGGUCUGGUCGUAAAACUGUAGUGUCCGAACUUGUGGAUCUUAUUUCGGAGGAGGAGAAUGUUUACGAAGUGUUACUGAAUGGAGUUGGCUCUGAUGGAAGCAUCUCCACCAAGAUGAAAGGAGGUGCUUGGGCCGCGCGGUACCUUGCCAAGCUCAUUGACAUUGUUGGUUUGCCUGAAAAGCCUGACGAGCGAUUUCACAAGAAGGUGUACAAAGCAUGCAAAAAGGGCAGGCUAUGUGAUCCUGAACGAGUCUAUGUAGGAAAGCUCAGGCAACGAUAUGGAUGCUAUAAUGUCAGCAUCGAUGCCUUAUGCUGUUUCGACACCGUCGGUUCUCUUGGUUGGCCUGUCACAGGAUUGGCAAAGCCACUCAAAUUUCUUUGCAAGCUCGGAAAGCAACAGAAUACCAAUGACCUUGUGUCUGAAGUGGCAGAUAAUGUCCGUUUUCCCUUCCAUGCCCUUUCUUUGCACGAAACCCGUGCGCCCUACAUGCCAACAUUGAUGCUAGGGCAUGAUGUGCACCAAGUUUAUUUCCCCGGAAACCACAGCGACUUGGGGUGGAUCGAUGAAGUCGAAGGGCUGGUACUCGCCCCGUUGGCAUGGAUGAUUGGACGGCUCAACACACAUCUUGGUGUCAGAUUUGAUGAGAAUAAGCUGAGCAACCGGUUUCCCAACUAUAGCCAACCUCGCCCAAAUCCACCCCGGUGGGCUGAAGCAUCCAUCAGACACACUCGCACAUUCCUGCACGCAGUAAUGGGGAGGAAAUGUCGCAAUCCAGGACACCAACAGGUCAACCGCCCAGGAGCAGCAUCGAAUGUCCGGAUCCAUUGCGGCGCUCGGCUCCGCAACAAUAUGCCUGAAGAAGCCGUGCCGGGGUACAGGCUGAUGGCUCCUCUUGAUGGGCAGAGGCCAUAUUGGGAGAGACGGAACAACUCAGCAGACACAAAUAGUGCCAACAUCCAAGAGAAUAGGGCCAUGAGAGUUGAGGAGGCUGAGUUGGGCGAGCUGGAAGCAAAGUUAUUGGGAUUGCCUGACCGAGCUAUCAACGAGAUCAGAGCAGCUUUAUACCUCCCCAACUAGAUAUUGUGUCAUGGGGGGUAAAAUUUGUCCUUCGUUUACCAUUUCCUUAGUUUACAUAUGUUUCUUAGUAGAACGUUGGAUUAUGAGCAACCGCCAUUCCUGUGAGCUGCUUGGAGAAAUCUGGCCACUACCUCGAGAAAACCUUC